AGUCAUUACUAAUUACUCAGAUUCUUCCUAUUUCAAUUACUAGUCAAAUGCAUGCAAGAACAUUCCGCAUGCAAGCUUCUUAUAUAAAUAUUGACGAUCCUGAGAGCCAUAAUUCAUCAAAUAAAACAUUAACAUUCAAAUAAUAUUUUAGUUAUUCAUCAUGGAUCUUCAAUUCUUCUCCUUUCCUUUAAUCGGCUCCUUACUUUUAUUCAUCUUUAUGCUCUUCAAAUUAUACAAAAGAUCCACCGCAAGAAAUCGACCUCCAGGGCCGAAUAAGCUUCCUAUCAUUGGAAACAUGCACCAGCUUUACGGUUAUCCACCGCAUCGUCGCAUGCGAGAUUUGGCCAAAGAAAAUGGAGACAUUAUGAGUCUUAAGCUUGGUCAAGUUUCUAAUAUUGUCAUUUCAUCGCCCGAAGCUGCGAAAGAAGUGAUGAAAACUCAUGAUAUCGCCUUUUCUCAGCGGGCAUUUCUGCUAACGGCUAGUAUUAUAACGUAUAACUUUACAGACAUCGCAUUUGCUCCGUAUUCAGAUUACUGGAGACAGCUUAAGAAAAUUUGCAUACUCGAAUUGACAAGCGCGAAACGUGUUCAGUCUUUCAGACCGAUCAGGGAGGAAGAAGUGCAAAAUUUGAUUGGUACCAUUUCGUCCUUUUCGGGGAAGUCAUUCAACUUUAGUAAAGAGUUGUUUCCUUUAACCUACAGCAUUGCUGCUCGAUCUUCUUUUGGUAAGAAAUGCAAGGAUCAAGACGAAUUUAUUGCACUUGUUUCCGAAAUCACGAAAAUGGCAGCAGGAUUUAACAUAGCGGAUUUUUUUCCGUCGUUUAAGUUUAUAUAUGUGAUGAGCGGGAUGAGAUCUAAACUCUUGAAGCUGAGGGAGUCGGUGGACAAGAUUUUUGAAAACAUCAUUGAUAGUCACAGAGCUAAGAGGAAAACCGGCGGAGAUUCUGAUGAUGAUGAUGAUCUUGUCGAUGUUCUUUUGAGACUCCAGGCGAACGGGGAACUUGAAUUUCAAUUGACUACAGAUAACAUCAAAGCUGUGAUCCUGGACGUUUUCAUAGCAGGCAGUGAGACAUCAUCAACCACAGUAGAAUGGGCAAUGUCUGAAAUGCUGAAAAAUCCCGAAGUAAUGAAGAAAGCACAAGAUGAGGUAAGGAGUGUCGUCGGUGAGAAAGGAAAUGUUGAUGAAACAGAUCUUGAUAAAUUGAGCUAUUUAAAAUUAGUGAUCAAAGAAACUUUUCGAGUACAUCCUCCUACUCCAUUACGCUACAGAGAAUGCAGAGAAAAAUGUGAAAUCAACGGAUAUGAAAUACCAGCUAAAACCAGAGUUAUCGUAAAUGCAUGGGCGAUCGGAAGAGAUCCAAAUCACUGGACAGAAGCAGAGAAGUUUACUCCAGAAAGAUUUCUCGACAGUGCCAUUGAUUUCAAAGGAAAUCACUUUGAAUUUAUACCAUUUGGUGCUGGAAGAAGGAUGUGUCCUGGAAUUAUGUUCGGUAUUGCUAAUAUUGAGCUUCCGCUCGCACAAUUUCUUUACCAUUUUGAUUGGAAGCUUGGUGAUGGAUCGAACUCAGAAACUCUUGAUAUGGCUGAUGGUUUUGGUGCUACUGUUAGAAGGAAGCAUGACCUACACUUGAUUGCUAUUCCUCACCGUAAUUAACAAAACAUUUUUUUUGUUUAUAUAUUGGCUUAAUAGCAUAAAAAAUUCCAAACUUAAGCAUAUUUUGCAAAUUUAACAUGAAAUUCUAAUUUUAGCAGAUUUGGAUACUAAUUUUCAUUUUUUUGCAAUUUUAGACACAUGGAAAUUUCUCAUCAUCAGAAAAAUAUUGAUGUGAACGCUGGAAAAAUGUUUAUUCCAAUGUACAUAUCAAUAUUUUUUAACUGAAAUUCGCUCGAUGUCUAAAAUUACAAAAAAAAUGAGAGUUCAUGUAUUAAUUUGUCGAAUUUAAAAGUUUGUUUAAAUUUAUAAAGGGCGCUAAAAUUUAUAAGUUUUUUAAGCUAUCAAGCCUUAUAUAUUUCAUGCUUUUUUUGUUUUUUAAAUAUUUUUAGUAUAGUUAAAAUUUCUAUUUUUUUUAUGUAAUUGUAACAAUCCAUUGGCGAGUCUUGUGGAACUAAGCCUACCGAAUUUUGAUUUGUAUAAAAGCUAUUUUUUUAUUUCUUAUCUUAACCUUUUGUCUCAUUUGUUGAAAAAUUAAUAAUUUGUACGAAUUUAUAA